CUAGAGUUGUCACUAUUAUAUAUUUUUGUGCUUUUUUUAUUUUUCUCUCUCUCUCUUGAGUGCAGCACCUUUUAUAGCGGAAAAAUGAAAGUCGUCAGCGCCGCCUGCUCUUUAAAGCGCCAGGGAUGCAGCGAAGACAUGGUGAGGUGCCUAUCGGAGCAGAGCAUCACCAUCGCCAAGUACAAAAUGCCCCCGCUUCUGGAUGAGCAGAUGAGCAUGUUCCUCUACGACAUGAACGGUUGCUACACCAAGCUGAAGGAGCUGGUGCCCACUCUGCCCCAGAACAAGAAGGUUAGCAAGGUCGAGAUCCUGCAGCACGUCAUCGACUACAUCUGGGACUUGCAGUUGGAGCUGGAUGACCAGCCUUCGGCUGGGAGCACAGCCCAGAGCCGAACGCCCCUCGGUGCAGAUGUGAGUGGACUCACAGCAGAGGCUCCCUGUGUUAGCGGUGAUGACCGAAUUCUGUGCCGCUGAGGGGACUGAAGUUACUUGCAGGUAUUCCAGAUGUGAAGUGAUGCGGUGGUGCUGGACAACAGUACAUCCUGCAGUCCCUUGGAGAGGGGAAAGAGAGAGAACUACCAGAAAAUAAUAAAACUCCCCUCCCUCCCCCACCACCACCACCACCAUCUUGUUGGGACUAUAAAGAGUCUUGAUGAUCAUGGCACCGACAAGAGCAGUGAUCGUCCCGUCCCCGCUCCCGGAAUCUCGGGUCCUUCUUAAUUUUUAGUCUCCAUCUCGCCCAGGUGGACGCGGAAACUAGGUGGAAGCGCGGCGAAGUUUUUAGUCACACUUCCUAGCGACAUGCCUAGCAACAGAUUUAACUGCGAUUAGCCACGCCAUCCUUCUAAUGUGUGUGUGUCCUAUCGCCUAAUGCCAACUAUCACACCACAGGCCAUUAACAAGUGACAUAUGCUGGAGUCUAGAAUUGAGAUUGUAUGUUGACAUCCUUAAGAGAUCUAUGGGUGAUUCAGUUGUAAAUCUUAUACUUUGUAAGUGUAUUAUAUUGUUUACAACAAUGUUGUACUAUAAAUCGAGCAAUGAUUUUUUUUAUUGACUUUUUUUUGAAGAAUUUAAUUAAAAUAAAAUGUCAAUUGAUAAAAAAAA